AUGGCGGGUAGCAGGCGUAGCACGGAUGGUGCAGCAGACGCAGCAGAGAGUGAGUGCAGGCGACGUGUUGAUCCUGUGCUCAUUGCCCCAAACUUCGUCGUCAACACGUUCGCCCUCAUUGACCCCAGUGGCGCCCCCAUCGUGCGCUACAACAAGUCGCACCUCUUUCCCUCUGUGGAGGCCAACGUGCAACCCGGUCCCGGGACUCUCCCUGUGGUGGACGGGGAGGCUAGUGGACAUUCUGCUGCAGCCCAGCUGGACGUGGGGCACCGUAGCUGUGCCACAGCCAUGGCAAACAGUCCUUCCUUUGCUGAUCCGUCUCCCCCAUUUCCCCUCCACCCUCGCCAUCCUCAGAGUGGACAUUCUGCUGCAGCCCAGCUGGACGUGGGGCGCCAUAGGCCACAUGACAUUCGAGACGGAUGCAGUGAGGGCAGCAGAGAACGGGCUCACACUGCUGCGCUGCUCCUCCAUUGGGGUCUUGGGCGUCGUCUCCCCGUACUACCGCACCCUUGCUGCACGGUGCGUGCUGCUGCUACUGUGGACAUGAAUGAUUGA